ACCAGCUGGCUGGAAGCGGUCUCGCUGGAGGCGCUCCACCUGGACAGAAAUCUCUUCACUGACUGGCCCAUCCUGCCUCCCGGAGUGGCUCUCGAUCGACUUCGCUCGCUGACCCUCUCGUCCAACUUGCUCACCUCCCUGCCUCCACAUGCUCUAUCCCAAUUCCCAAAUCUGCAGCAUCUGGACGUUUCCCGAAAUCAGAUCAGCGAAAUCGAUCAUCUCGCCUUCCCCACUCUGGGAAUGCAGCUCGUCUCUAUUGAUCUGUCCUUCAAUCAAUUAUCGAUUCUGCCACAUCCUGUAUUACCGUCGCUUAUUUAUUUGGAUGUAUCUAGCAAUAAUCUCGUCACGAUGGAUUCGGCAUUAUUCGCUGGUCUUCCGCUGCUACAGCACCUGAAGCUGGCCAACAAUCCACAGAUUUUCACGCGAUGUGAGGAGCGCUGCUGGUCGGACCAUUUGGACGAGUUGACCGGCCUGACUGAUCUCGACCUGUCUUACUGCGAUCUUUCACGAGCCCUGCACCUGUCACACCUUCAGUCCUUGCGAACGCUAUUGCUUCGUGGGAACCAGAUCGUGAACAUGAACGCUGACGACCUGCCACCCAACCUGUCCACCUUGGACCUGGGCGAGAAUCGCCUGCAUUUCACUCGGAACUUCUCCAGACUGCGUUCUCUUCGGGACCUUCGAGUCGACACGAAAUCCUCUUGCGAUGCGACUGCAGCCUGCACGACAUCGUACCGCACCUUCUAA